UUUUCCGAUUAAGUACUCCCUCCAUUAAACAACAAUAACAACCCAUCACUACUACCAGUUCAAAUUUUAAAACUUGAAUAAUUACCCACUCUCUAUUAAUUACCCCCUCCAGCGACAGAUUGAAACAGGACACCAAGGGUAGUUAUUCAAGAAAAUACAGUAAUCUAUGUAAUAUCAUUUAAUUAAUUUUUAGUACAUUAAUUAAAAUGGUCUAUGAAGUUGCUAGAACCCUCACCAAUAUAAAUAUAUAUAACAAUUGGGCCAGGAUGAACUUACACAACUGGCGACGACUUUUUCGACGACGGUUAAGAGACGGUCCUGCCGUCUACUAUAGUUGUAGAAUUCAUGUUAUUAUGGUGGCGGGGAGAUGGAGAAACUGUUUAUGUAGACUUAGAGUUCAGUUCUUGGACACGGGGGAAGUAACACUGGCUUACCAAAAUAGGCACAAUGAAACAGAACAAAAAACUCCUCCACAUGUUUGGGAUUGCCCUAUUUUUCCGGAGGGGCCUGGAGCAAAAAUUAGUGAUCCGACAUUACGUGGACCAACUCCUGGUGGCACUCUUGAAGUAAAACAAUGGGGUUCUCGUUCAAUUGCUGAUUUAACUAAAUUUCUUGAUGUUUUUGCUUUUCGAAAACAGCAAAAUAAUCAAAAACAACAACAAACACUUGGAUUUAAUUUUUAUGGAAUGAGUCAAGUACAGUACAGCAUUUAUGCACAUUCUAAUUUUCUUGACGUUUUUUGGAGCUUAACAACAGCUAUUGAAGUUAGAUUAUAUGAUGAUAAAUUAGCUACUUUCAGGGAAUUUUUGGAUAAAACACAGUAUACCGAAGACAAUGUUGCUAGUUAUGAAUGGAUAUUUGGGACAGAUUUUACCAGCCCAGGUGGAGUAAAUGAAAACAGAAGAGUACUUAAAUAUUUCCGUCAUUUACGCCCAGGCCAACAAAUGCUUGAUAUUGGUGUUGGAAUUGGUGGUGGAGCUAGACAAGCUGCUAGGGAGUUUGGUCUUCAAGUACUUGGUUGUGAUCUUUCUUCAAAUAUGAUUCAACAUGCUUUUGAUCGUAAUCAACGUGACAAAGAUCAUCGUGUUGAAUAUCAAAUUGCUGAUGCUAUGGUUUAUCGUUAUGAAGCUAAUGCUUUUGAUAUUGUAUUUGGUAGAGAUUGUAUUCAACAUAUUAAAGACACAAAAAGAUUAUUUAGAAAUAUUUAUACAUGGCUUAAACCUGGUGGACGAGUACUUGAUACAAUGUAUGGAAAAGGACAUGGAGUUCUCUCUCCAAAAUUUCAUGAAUAUGUUCGUAAACGGCAAUAUGCACUAAAAACUUUGGAAGAAUAUAGAGAAAUUGCUCAUAGUGUUGGGUUAACAAAUAUUUACACAGAAAAUAUGACUAAACGUUUGAGAGAAAUUUUAGUAAUUGAACGUGAUAGAGCAGUUGAAAAUAAAGAGGAAUUUAUUCAAAAAUUUAGUGAAAAACGUUAUUCAAAAUUAGUUGAGGGUUGGGCAGAUAAAUUACAAUUUGUUGAUGAAGAUAAUCAAAAUUGGUUGUUACUUCGUGCGGAGAAACCGGUGCAUCCACAUGCUUAUUUAACAGAAGCUGGAGCCUAAAACAAAUUAUUUUAGAUAAAAAAUGAUGAAAAAAAAUUAUUUU